CUGUCAUUAAUUCUUUCUGUCACUUUUAUUAAUGGUGGAUUAGUUCCGUGAAUAGAAAGUACGCUUUUAAUGAUGGGUGCAAAGUUAAAAUAACUUCGCGAAAUUUAAAAUCAUGUUAAUAUUUAAUUAAAAGUACAUUUUCGACAGUGACACAUUUUCGAUUCUCAAAUGUACAAUCUUUAAGUGACUUCUCUGUUAAUUAUACUCUUUGCAACGUCCAGUGCUGAUUUUGCGAUAAUAUAAUUUAUUUUUUUAUAUAGAAAUAUUAAAAUGUCGUAUCCAGGUCGUCCGCCAAUUAUGCAAGGGCUACCCAUGUAUAUGCCUAUGGGGGCCCCAACGGCUCCUCUAAUGCCAGCUGUUAUGCCUAUACAACAUAUGGUACCUAUUCAAGUUACAAGUGCACCUCAAAUUCGGGCAUUUCCUAAAUUAAAUCCUAACAGAGAACAACAGAAACAAAUGCAAGGGCCAGCUGUUACUGUGUUUGUAGGUAAUAUCACAGAGAAAGCACCAGAUGCCAUGAUAAGACAAAUACUAGCAGCUUGUGGUCAUGUUAUUAGUUGGAAGAAAGUUAAAGCCUUUGGUUUCUGUGAAUUAGCAGGUCCAGAUGCAGGCUUAAGAGCAGUAAGGCUUUUACACGACCUCAUGAUUGGAGAGAAACGACUUGUAGCCAAAGUUGAUGCUAAAACUAAGACAGUCUUAGAUGAAUAUAAAGCCGAAAGAAGGAAAAAACAAAGUGGAUCUACUUCGCCUCUUCAAGAUGAACCAGAAGAAGAAGAAUUAGACGAAGAGACUCAAGCUAUGGAUGCAGCUGCUUUAGAAAGAAUUAAACAAAUUAUAAAAGAUUACGAAGAAGAAAUGUCCAAUUUUGAAUCCAAGAAAGAAGAGGAAGUUAAUCAAAAAUGGAAUAAAGUUUUAGCUGAAGCUGAGGUCGAAGAAGAAAAACGAGAUCUGAUAACCAGAGAAAUAGGAAAGUUCCGUGAAAUAAUGAAGAAACAAGAGGAGGAGAAAGAAGUCCGUAAAAGAAAGGAAGAGCAAAAAGAAAAAUCGUCUCGUGAUAGAGACAGAUCACAAACUCACUCACCUAGUCCGAAUAGAAGAAGAGAUAAAGAGGACAAGAAAAGACGGCGAUCAAGAUCUAGGUCUCAUGAAAAGAGUAGGGAGAGGGAAAGGGAACGCGAAAAGGAAAGAGAACGUGAGAGAGAUAGGGAACGUGAACGUGAAAAAGAAAAGGAGAGAGAACGAGAACGCGAGAGGGAGAGAGAAAGAGAUAGAGAAAGGGAUCGUGAUAGAGAAAGAGAAAGGGACAGAGACCGCGAAAAGGAUCGUGAUCGCGAAGACCGAAGAAGUACUAGAGAUAUGUUGAAAGAAAAGGAAAUGGAAGAAGAGGCAAAAGAAAAGAAAAAAGCCGAACGACGAGCAAGAGAAAAAGAAGCUGCGUAUCAGGAAAGAUUGAGAGCAUGGGAAACUAGAGAAAGACGUAAGGCCAAAGAAUAUGAAAAAGAACGGGAAAAAGAGAGAUCUAAAGAAGAAGAAAGAGAACGUGACGCCAAAAGGUUGAAAGAGUUCCUCGAAGAUUACGACGAUGAAAGGGAUGACGUCAAAUAUUAUAAAGGACGUGAAUUACAAAAGAGGGUAGCAGAACGAUUAAAAGAAGCGGAAUUAGACAACCGUGACAGAUUAAAAGAAAAAGAGGAAAUAGAGGAAUUGAAAAAUAGAAUAUUCGCUGGAGAACAUGAAGAUCCUAACGCAGAAUUUGAAAAGGCUAAACGAGAAAGGGAAGAGCAGUAUAAACCAAAACUACUGAUCGAUGUCAAUCUGGAACAUUGGAAACAGAAAGAAAGAGAAAAAGAGAGGGAAUUAGAAAGACAGAGAGCUAGAGAUAGAGAGAGAAUUCGUGAGUUAGACAGGGAGAGAGAUAGGCAACGAAAAAGGGAAGAAAGGGAAAAGUACGUUAUGGAACAAGCAGCACAGGAAUUGGCCGCAGUCGAAGCUGAACCAAUUGACAGUGAUAGUGAUAUGGAAGCUGAUAAUCAUUACAGUCCAGCUCCCCCGGAACCCGACAGUAUAUCGAUGGACAAUUCAAGUUCCGCCCAGUGGACACAAGUACAAGCUCCAGAUGAAGACUCAAAACAUUCAUUUAUAUCGAACCAUGACGAUCGCGCUACUCCGACUACGGGAACCGGUAUGAAAAUAACAUUAGCCAAACCUAUCACCUUGCAAUCGCCAACGAGAGAUUCGAAGCGACGUAAAUCAGACCUUAGAGAAGUUUUCAAUCCCGACGAGGAUGAUAGUAAUACUCAAGUUAAGAAACGAAAAUUAGUACCGUUGGAUUAUAAUGAAGAUAAGAAAUCAAAGAGUAAAGAAAACGGAGAAAAGAAAUUAGAAGAGUCGAAAUCACAAGAAGAAAAAAGAAAAAAUAUCAAAUCGUUAAUAGAAAAAAUUCCCACAGAAAAAGAUGCUCUAUUUGCAUAUAAUUUGGAUUGGAGUGCAAUAGACAAUGUUCUAAUGGAAAAGAAAAUUCGACCGUGGAUAAAUAAAAAAAUUAUAGAAUAUAUCGGAGAACCUGAACCAACACUUGUAGAUUUUAUUUGUUCAAAAGUAUUAGCUGGAUCUCAGCCUCAAGUCAUUUUAGAAGACGUACAGAUGGUUUUAGAUGAGGAAGCAGAAGUGUUUGUAGUGAAAAUGUGGCGAUUGCUUAUUUACGAAGUAGAAGCAAAAAAGUUGGGUUUAGGAAAAUAAUUCAGAAAGACGAUUUUUUGUACUGUGUAUAUAUAAAACUUUCAGCUUUUAAUUUAAACGAUUAAGUUGUCAUACAUACCUUGGAAAUAAUAUAACAGAAUUGAUAAACAUAUUUUUGUAUGUUCUGUUAUCAUUUAUUUACAUUUUUUUUCUCAACUGUAUUUAUCGCAUAAUAAAAAAAAGUUGUUUCUGGGUUGUA